AUGAAUUCUUCCCUCCGAUCCCUCCGUUCCAUCACGUCUUCAGUCUCUUUGACUUCGUUUGCAUCUUUUCCUGCCUUCUCUUCGAUCCUUUGCAAGCGAUACAACAGUACAGCGGCUGAAAGUGCUUCGAUCAUUGCGCAGAUUGAAAAAACACGUGGUCCCCGAUGCAGUCCUGGCCUCGUUGUCUUUGACAAGGAUGGCACUCUCAUUGACUUUACGCUCAUGUGGGGUGGAUGGGUUGAAUCCCAGGCUUGGAAUGUUGAAAUGACAACAAAACUUCCUGUUCGAGAAAAACUGUUUCAAGCCAUGGGCUACGACUGGAUCAGUCGUUCCAUCAAGUCUAAAGGUGCAUUAUGCUGUACUCCCAUGGGUGAACUCUAUAAGAUUGCUGUCAGGGUGCUGGUGAAUGAAGGCAUGGCUCAAUCCAAGGCUGAUGAGAUCAUCCAGCAAUGCUGGAGCAUGCCUGAUCCCGUACUCACAAGUCGACCACUUGCUAACGUCCCCAUGCUCUUUCGUACCAUCAAGAAAAUGGGCAUGAAGAUUGCCGUGUGUACUACGGAUGACCGUCAACCGACAAUUGACACGCUAGAGCACUUGGGUGUGUCGGAGAUGGUGGACGCAUUAGCAUGUGGUGACGACGGAUUACCUGCCAAACCUGCAGGUGAGCAGAUCUGGAACAUUUGCCGGAAACUCCACGUCGAGCCGUACAAUACCAUUAUGGUGGGGGAUACGUCCACGGACAUGCUCUUGGGCAAGAAUGCAGGCUGCGGGCUGUCGAUUGGCGUCUUGGGCGGCGCGUCAUCACUUGAUGAUCUCGCUGAAGACGCCGACGUGCUCGUGCCUUCCAUUGAUCGGGUCAUCAAGAUACUUUUCCAAUACGGUCAACAGGCUCACCGUUUCGGGGAUGCCAAAUGA